ACCGAUUCCGCCAGGAAACAUCCAAAGGACAGAUACACAGGCAGAGUCUCACUCACGCGCGACAUCUGUAAAAAGUACCAAUCGACUCGAAAUGCCUGGCACACGGGGCCCAGUGCCGGUGCCAAUGAAUCAGACCAAUGGCUCCAAUGGCGAAGGCAGAGACCUCACAUUAGACAUUCUUCACCAACUCGAAUCCACCGACCCGUUCAAGACUGAGGAUGUGUACCCUCAAAAAAGCCAAGCUGAGCUAAAGGCAGCAUUGGAUCGACUGGCAAGCAGAGCUAUGGUGGAAUACGACACAAAUGACACGGAGCAAGUCAUCCUGACGGGAGAAGGCCAGCAAAUAUGCGACGAGGGGAGUCAUGAAUACAAGGUGUGGGAAGCGGUCAAGAAGGCUGGCCGGCUUGGGUUGAAGGAUCCGGCAUUGUCCACGGCUUCUGCGAAGAUCGGCCAGGGCAAUGCCUUCAAGCAGCAAUGGGUGAAGAAGGACGGUGAUGCUCUGAUACCCUUAAAGGAUACCGUGGUGGAUGCGACACGCGAGACACUCCAAUAUGUGCACGAGUACCACACUGUGCCAGACCAAAGGCAAUUGAAGGACUUUCAAAAGCGGAAACUCGUAACCACCCAGAAGAUCAUCACGUACGAAGUGCGAAAAGGUCCGAAAUGGGGUCUGGAGAUUCCGGUCGAGGUGACUGAUCUCACUGCGGACAUGCUGGAGGAUGGUACAUGGAAGUCCGCCGCUUUUAAGCCGUACAACUUCAGUGCCCUUGGUGCUCAGCAAAACGCCGGUACACUGCAUCCGUUGAACAAGGUCCGAGAAGAGUUCCGCAAGAUCUUCUUCAACUGGGACUUCAUCGAGAUGCCCACGGGGAGAUUCGUUGAUACCGGCUUCUGGAAUUUCGAUGCUCUUUUUGUGCCCCAACAGCAUCCCGCCCGCGACAUGCAAGACACUUUCUACGUCUCUGAUCCUGCCGAGGCUGGUCCACCAGGUCCAGACCCGCUGGCAGACGCUGCCCUUUCGAAGAUGGAAGCCGAAAGCCAACUCUUCUCCUCGAACAAAGACGACACACCCUCCACCAGCAAACUUGACUACGAGCAAUACUACGCCGACAUCAAAGCCGUGCAUCAAGACGGCAAGUUCGGCUCCGUCGGCUACCGCUACCCCUACACCGACUCAGAAACCCGCAAACUCGUCCUCCGCACCCACACCACCGCCGUCUCAACCUACUGCCUCCACCGCCUGGCCGCCAAUCCCCGACCCGCCCGCUACUUCUCUAUCGACCGCGUCUUCCGCAACGAGACCGUCGACGCCACACAUCUCGCAGAAUUCCACCAAAUCGAAGGUGUCAUCGCCGACUACGGCCUCACACUCGGUGGCCUGCAAGCUUUCCUGGGCAAGUUCUUCGAGCAGCUCGGCAUCACGAAUCUCCGCUUCAAGCCCGCUUACAACCCGUACACCGAGCCGAGUAUGGAGGUUUUCGGCUUCCAUCGCGGGCUGGACAAGUGGGUGGAGAUCGGUAACAGUGGUAUGUUCCGGCCGGAAAUGUUACUGCCAAUGGGUCUGCCGGCGGAUCUGAGAGUGUAUGGAUUUGGAUUGAGUUUGGAGCGGCCCACGAUGAUUAAGUACGGUGUGAGCAAUAUUCGGGAACUGCUGGGGCAUAAGGUGGAUCUGGGCUUCAUUGAGAACAAUGCGGCGGUGCGGUUGGACAAGGAUUAG